UUUUUUUGCAGGCAUUAUUUUUGACAGCAUGACAUAACCUACACAAAAACAAUCUGACGUUUAACCAUAACCUAAAAUAAAAAUAUGUGAUAAGUUAUCAUUUAAAAUUAAGUGUAAAAGAAUUUUAACAAGGCAUAAAUGGCAAAUUAAAACUAAUUAUAUUCACCUACUUUACCAUAUGGAAUUGAAAUUUUCAAAUUAUAUGAUGAAAUUGUUGUAGUACAAACUUUCAAGAUUUUAGUCCUUUUUUUCAAAAUUAAAAAAGAUGUACUUACAUUUAUUAUAUUUUGCGGUUUUAUUACUUAAUUACAACCCAACGACUGCAAGUUGCGGUUGUCAAUUAAACAGAAACGAACAGUGUAAUAAUAACUUUGAAGACAAUAAUAAAUACACUGCGGAGAGCAAUGAGGGUUUUUUAAACAAAAACGGCGACAAUACUUUAAAUUUAGACAAUAUGGUUUUAAUCAAAAAAUCUACAUUCAUAAUGGGUACAAAUGAACCUGUUUUUGAAGUGGAUGGAGAAGGUCCUGCAAGAAACAUAACCCUAAACUCAUUUUACUUAGAUAAGUAUGAAGUUUCAAAUCAAGAUUUUGAAACGUUUAUAAAAAAUACUGGUUAUGUAACGGAAGCGGAAAAAUUCGGUGAUAGUUUUGUGUUUGAUUUAUUAUUACCUGCAGAAGAUUUAGAAGGUUAUAAAGAUGUUCGAGCCGUCCAAGCUCCAUGGUGGGUUAAAGUACCUGGAGUUAGUUGGAGAACACCGGAUGGAAUUGAUUCUAAUUUAAAUGGAAAAUUAAAUCAUCCCGUUGUUCAUGUAUCUUGGAAUGAUGCUAAAAAUUAUUGCGAAUAUUAUGGGAAAAGAUUACCUAGUGAAGCAGAAUGGGAAAAAGGUUGUCGAGGGGGAUUAAAACAAAAAUUAUAUCCUUGGGGUAAUAAAUUAAAUCCUAAAGAAAAACAUUGGGCAAAUAUUUGGCAAGGAACUUUUCCAAAAAAUAAUACCAUCGAUGAUGGUUAUUUAAGUACAGCUCCAGUAAAUUCAUUUCCUCCAAAUAAUUAUGGGUUAUAUAAUAUGGCAGGGAAUGUUUGGGAAUGGACGUCAGAUUCUUGGAGUGAAAGUCCAACGUUACGGGUGAAAAAAGGAGGUUCGUACUUAUGCCAUAAAAGUUACUGUUGGAGAUAUCGUUGCGCGGCUAGAUCCCAUAACACAGCAGAUAGUUCAGCUGGAAAUUUGGGAUUCCGAUGCGCUAAAGAUGCAUCACCAAACGACGACCAAUAGGGGUCCUUUGAUCAGGCAGCCUCAAUAGAACGUUUUUUAUUAUAGAAAUGAUAAUAAUUAUUAUAUGAUAUGUACUUAUACGCCUGCCUCAAAGUCUUCCAACGUUUAUUAAUGUUAAUUUAUAUACAAAAUAUGUGGUUAAAUGUAUAAAAAAUAUAUAUUGUCUUUAGCUACCA